AAGGACUGAUCCUGAGCGGUGAGUCAGAAGCAUGAAGGUGGAGGGCGGCGGAGUGGCCACUAGCAGCGCAGUCCUCCAUAAGAUCAAGGUCAAGGAGGAAGCCAAGGAAUGCUGCUCGAGCGUGCUCCAGCAACCGGCCCCAUCGCUGUCCGCGGGACCUUCUUCCUCGCCACCGAGGGUGACCACGGGGCUGGCCAUCGGCGCCAUUGCCACCAUCACAAUCGGCAGCGGCUGCGGGGAGAUCGCCGCGGCCGUUGCCAAGCAGAGCGCCGAGCCCUUCCCUGUCGACCUCGAUCUUAAGAGCAGGCCGGCCAAGGCCCAGGGCGCUGCCCGAGAUCCAAGCGGCCCCGACAGUCGUUGCUCCUCCUCACCAUCUCCAUCUUCGUCGCCGGGACCCCAGCAGCAGAUCCGUAUCCAGCAUAGCCAAUCGCAGCAACAGCAGCAGCAACCGACUCGUGUAGCCUCGAGCUCCUCAUCCGGGCGCUCGGGGGACAGUGACGACCAGGCGCCGCUCCAAUCGGUCAAGAGCGAACGCGAGGCCACGGAGGAACGUCCACGCGACAAGACGGGCACCGGAGGUGGCCGCCGCCUCGCCGGGAUCCUCGCCACCCACACGAGGCUCAAGCGGCUCCUCGGAACCCUCGUGCAUUUCGCCAUGGACAUAUCAUCGGACACCGGGGAGGCGGUGCGCGCUCUUGUCCUUGGCCUCCUGAGCGGAUCCAUGUCCGCUGAGGAAUUUCACUCGGCUCUACAAGAGGCAACGAAUUUCCCUCUCCGUGGAUUUGUCCUACCGUACCUGAAGCACACUUUACCACCCUUGCAACGAGACCUGAGUGCAGCUGCUAGAGCUGAUAAUCAAAGACGAAAUUGACCCUUCUACGAAUUCAAUGAUGUGCAAAUCGAAAUUUCACAAAGCACGAAAAUAAAGAAGAUCCGAAUUGUUUGAUGGGAAUGAAAUUUUGCAUUAAGUAAAGCAUUGACAAGAGUGGCUAUGUAAUUGAAACA